CACCACCAUAGCCACCCACCCACCAUGUCUCUCACCUACGGAACGGGCGGUGCGACGGCCGCCCUCGGCGUCGUCGCUUUGUACAUGCUCUUCAACAACGAGGGAGAGGCCUUCAACGUCGGCGCCUUUCUCGAAACCGUAUCUCCGUACACGUGGGCUAGCAUUGGCAUCGCGCUCUGCAUCGGUCUCUCCGUAGUAGGAUCCGCAUGGGGCAUCUGGACAACGGGUGUGUCCAUCGUCGGCGGAGGUGUCAAGGCGCCCCGGAUACGAACCAAGAACCUGAUCUCCAUCAUCUUCUGCGAGGUCGUCGCCAUCUACGGCGUCAUCAUGGCCAUCAUCUUCUCCUCCAAGAUGAACCAGCUCUCGGACCCCGAGCUGCUCUACUCGGGCUCCAACUACUUUACCGGAUACGCCCUCUUCUGGGCUGGCAUCACCGUCGGCAUGUGCAACCUCAUCUGCGGUGUCUGCGUCGGCAUCAACGGAAGCAGCGCCGCCCUGGCUGACGCUGCCGACCCUGCCCUCUUCGUCAAGAUUCUUACCAUCGAGAUCUUCGCCGCCAUUCUCGGACUGUUUGGACUCAUCAUUGGCCUGCUGAUGCAAAGCAACGCAAAGGACUUUGAGUGAGCUUGGGAGAAUUUCAUAUUGGCUUGCGCCCCAUUCCAAAAACACGCGCCAGCUCCAUCUUCAGCCGUACUUGAAGGCGAUCAACGAAGAAAUGUACCCACAUGUCAGCACAGGAAGCUGGUUUGGACGUUACUGAGAAACAUUAUUUGUAGAGGUUGUACCAUGUACAUUGGGAGGGCGUUUGUAUAAUGCAUGUACCAUGAGCAAUUGCGGCGUUAAAUACCAGUUUUUC